UGUGCAGUUCCCACUCCCGCCGCGCAGUGUCGCUGUUGUCAGGGGGCGCUCUCACGUCACACGCUCGUUGGUUUGUUUGGCAGCUUGUUUCCGGAUGUGUAGCUAGUGUCGGAGCAGACAGAGGAUGGCUGCGAUGUUUGCGUGUUGUCUGGGCUGCUGCGGGGACGGCGGGCCGGGACACAUCCCGCUCAAAGAGAUGCCCACCGUGCAGCUGGACACGCACCACAUGGGCACAGAUGUCGUCAUUGUAAAGAGCGGCCGGAGAAUAUGCGGCACCGGAGGCUGUCUGGCCAACGCUCCUCUGCACCAGAACAAAAGUUAUUUUGAGUUUAAGAUCCAGUCCACUGGUGUGUGGGGAAUAGGUGUGGCCACGCAGAAGGUGAAUCUUAAUCAAGUGCCUUUGGGCAGAGACACAAACAGCCUAGUUCUGAGGCACGAUGGCUCUGUGUACCACAAUAAUGAAGAGAAGAACCGCCUACCUGCAAACAGCCUUCCUCAGGAGGGUGACAUUGUGGGCAUCACAUACGACCACGUGGAGCUGAAUUUAUAUCUCAACGGAAAGAACAUGCACUGUCCUGCCUCAGGGAUCCGAGGCACUGUGUACCCCGUUGUUUACGUGGACGACAGUGCCAUCCUAGACUGCCAGUUUGGUGACUUCUAUCACACGCCUCCACAAGGAUUCGAGAAGAUCCUGUUUGAGCAACAAAUCUUCUAAAAGAAAAAGAAGGAAGACCUCCAGCCUUUGCCCCGCUUCACGUUGUCCUCCUCUCCUUAUAUCUCAAAGCAAAGCGACAUCUGUGACACUACAGUUUGAUUGGAUAAUAUCUUUAUGUGUGGCUCUUUGUUUUGUUUCCCCGUGAUUACUCUGUCUCUGCUGCUGCUGCUGCUCCGGACUAACGUCGGAGUAUCCUUGAAAGGACUGUCAAAUCAUUCACGUUGUGUCAGUGGUAAAUCACCCUGUAUUAACUAAAACACUUUGAAUUGCUGCUUACAUACUCAGUCUGUGUGUAGAUGCCAGACAGUGGAUGUCACAUGUUCCCAUCGUUCAGGAUCAGAUGCCAUCGCUUCGUUUUUUCCACAUGUACCCUGCCGCACUGACAUCCCAGCAUUCGCCCUGUAUUUAUUUGUAUUUAUUUGAUCAUGACUGACCCCGUGCACUUUGCAGACCAGCAGCCCGUUCCAGGUGACGGUGCUGGAAAAUGUUUCACAGAGUUAAAUAUUUCUCAAAGGUCCACAGUGGUGUGAGGAAUUUAUUGACUAAAUAUGACAUAAACUAGCCAUACGUAUGUUUUUUUUUCACUGAUUUAGAUCCAUGAUUUUCACUCCGUACACUACAGGGUCGUGUUACAGCGCGAGACGGGCUUCGUCUGUUCGUGUUGAAUGUAACAGCUGUGACACAAUCAGGAAAUCGCUUUUUAUUUUCUGAUUAACCGGCUUCAUCGAGGCCAGCGCUCGCUCACUCUCACUCACUGUCCGCGUCUCUUGUUCUCAAACCAUCGACCACAAACCAAAUGAAACUUCUUGGUGUCGCGUUUUGGCAGAUUCAGAUUUAGAAGCUGCCUCAUGACGUCAGAACACGACAGGUCGAGUCUCAGAGUUUAGUUUCAGGCUGACUGUGGAGGUGUUGGCCCGAUUCGAGCGUCUGAUUGGCUGCAGUGUGACGUCGGGCUGCGUUUUAAUUCAAAAGUUAGAUCUGGGUCAACUUCUCUAUUCAGACUGCCGUGUCGCUGCAGCAGUAUGCGGCCGUUCUGAGUCAGUGUUUCAAACCCCGCCAGCUCCGCCGCGGUCCACUAGCUUGGAAGGGGUGAGGGGUGUUCAGUUGGUUAGACGCAACUAAAUCUCACACACACACACCUACUGGACCUUUUUAAAAUAGCUGCCACCGAUUAUGUAUUAAUCUAAGUCCAAACACUUCUCUCACCCUGAACUUCUCUUGUGGUUUUGUGUUUUUAUUCUGAUCAUGAGAACGUGGUCGGCGAUUUCUGGUUAAAAUAAAAAAUGUCAAUCUGUCGUGUUGUUAUUGGCAUUGCGUAUCCGCUGCUCGAGUGUGUGACAGUCAUAUAUUUCAACCGCUUGUCUCUGUUUGCACUAAUGAUGUUCUAUAUUGUACAAGCAAAAAUCCAAAUAUUGUUGAUUCAUUAAAGUUUUGUGUCUUGGGGGGGCAAA